AUGGGCAGCACAUCGCUGUCCGAGGACUAUCGCCUGUGUCUGGAGCGCGAGCUGCGGCGCGGGCGUGCGGGCGUGUGCGGAGACCCCUCGCUGCGCGCUGUGCUCUGGCAGAUCCUGGUGGAGGACUUCGACCUGCACGGGGCGCUGCAGGACGACGCGCUGGCCCUGCUCACUGACGGCCUGUGGGGACGCGCAGACCUGGGGCCCGCGCUGCGCGGCCUGGCCCGCGCCUUCGAGCUGCUGGAGCUGGCUGCUGUGCACCUGUUCCUGCUCCCCUGGCGGAAGGAGUUCACCACCAUCAAGACCUUCUCCGGGGGCUACGUGCACGUGUUGAAGGGCGCGCUCUCAGAGGACCUCCUCACCAGAAGCUUCCAGAGGAUGGGCUAUGCUCGGAGGGACGACCACCGCCUGACAGUGACCACACCGCCUCCCACCUGCCAGCUGGUGCAGGUGGCCUUGGGCUGUUACGCGCUGCGCCUAGAGUGUGAGAUCAUGGAUGAGGUACUGGCCCAACUGGGCACCAGCCUGCUGCCGGCUGAGGCGCUGCUGGCGGCCAGGCGGGCCAGUGGGGACGUGGCCUCCUGUGUGGCCUGGCUGCAGCAGCGGUUGACCCGGGCUGACGAGCCCCCUCCCCUGCCCCCACGCAGCUCUACUGGCACAUACGGGUGCUCCCUGGACCUGUACCGGGGCCUAGAGGAGGACGAGGGCUCUGAGGAAGAGGAGGUGGCCAGUGUGUACCGGGAUACCUCGCCUAUGGUGGCCCCGCCUGCCACAGGGCCAGCUUAUGAGGGGAGACUCUGGGAACAGAGUGCCCAGGUGUGGGGUGUGGGGGGCCCAGCCUGGGAGGCCCCGGGUGACAGCCCUCCCUACCGGGUCUCAGAGGAGGAGCCCGAGCUGGCCCCCUUCUGUUUCCUCUCACUGCAGCAUGGGCCACCGUCUGACAUGGAUGUGGCUGGCCCUGAAAGCUUCCCAGCACACAGCUGUUUACCACCUUCAGGCUUGGCUGAGCCUCCCCUGCACACCUGGCUGCCACGCCCAAGGGGAGGUGCCCUGGCUGGUGCCCCGCAGGCCGGGCCUUAG